GGGAAGGGAAGGGAAAAGGGAAGGGAAGGCUCCUCUUUCUUCAAUUCAAUUCAUCCUCUUCGUGUUAAGGUUCUUUGCCGUAACCGGAGAUGCUUGGCGUUUCCGGCCUGAUAAGUGGCCAGGGGGAUGUGGCCGCAGCAGCGGAAGCUCCGGAGAGUGGCGCUGGGGCUGGUAGUGCUGGAGAUUCCGGUGGCGGAACUGUGUCCCUCCCGCCGAGUGCCUUCAGCGAGGCGGCGAGGAUGGAGGAGGGAGACCGGAAUUCCGGCGGCGGAAAUAGGUGGCCGCGGCAAGAGACAUUAGCUCUACUGAAAAUCAGGUCUGAUAUGGAUGUGGUUUUCAGAGACUCGAGCUUGAAAGGUCCUCUAUGGGAAGAAGUUUCCAGGAAAAUGGCAGAGCUUGGAUACCAUCGAAAUGCUAAGAAGUGCAAAGAGAAAUUUGAGAACGUCUACAAGUACCACAAGCGCACCAGGGAAAGCCGUGCAACCAAGUCCGACGGAAAAACUUACCGGUUUUUCGACCAGCUUGAGGCUUUCGAACACAGUCCUCUCGCUCUUCCUCCGCCACCAUCUCGGCCGCAGCCGCCGCUAGUGGCCGCUCCGCAACCGUCAACUGUUGUGGCACCACCGCAUCAUUUGCCUGGGAAUCCGGCUAAUCCUCCGGUGGUUCCCUUGCCCGUCCAAGUUACUGUUCCAUCGACUGUUAGUCCGGCGACGAUUCAAGAAGUUCAGAAUCCGAUCAGUGCUAUGGCAUUUCCGCCGCAGUCGCAGACCAGAUCAGUGCAGGUGCCGGUGCCUCCUCCACCGGCGGCCCCAAACAAUUCCAGCAUGUUUCCCCCUCAAAGGAAUGUUCAAUAUCCUGGGAGUCCGUUUUCAGAUUCGACCUGGUCCUCUGCCACAUCAUCGGACGAGGAUAUCCACAGGCGGCACAAGAGGAAGAGGAAGUGGAAGGACUUCUUCGAGAAGCUAAUGAAGGAUGUGAUUGAGAAACAGGAGGAUCUUCAGAGGAAGUUUCUGGAAGCUCUAGAAAAACGCGAGCGGGACAGGAUGGUGAGAGAGGAAGCUUGGAGAGUUCAGGAGAUGGCGAGAAUGAACAGGGAGCACGAUCUGCUGGUCAAGGAAAGAUCUAUGGCUGCUGCCAAAGACGCCGCCGUGCUUCAGUUCUUACAGAAGGUCUCCGAUCAGCACAAUCUGGAAAUUCCUAUCGCAAACGCAAUUCCACCCUCUCAAGUCCAAGCACCAAUAGCUCCCGAGAGUAUAUCGACGCCCACACAGCCGUCACCUCCGCCGCUGUCCCAAUCUCAACAAACGCCGGCUCAUGGACCGGAACCUAUAUCGUUUGCGCCACCAGCUACUCUUCCAUACUCUGUAUCAUCUCCUAUGACCCCUUCUGUGGCGCCGACGACGACCUUGGACGUUCUUCCCAAACAGGACAACAACAACAAUAACAACAGCGCAAUAAUCACCACCAUAGAGAGUUAUACUCCGGCGAGCUCAUCGAGGUGGCCGAAAACUGAGGUACAAGCAUUGAUCACUUUGAGGACGAACCUGGAUACGAAGUACCAAGAGAGUGGGCCGAAAGGGCCGCUGUGGGAGGAGAUAUCCGCCGGAAUGAGGAAGCUUGGGUACAACAGGAAUGCGAAAAGGUGCAAGGAGAAAUGGGAGAACAUCAACAAAUACUUCAAGAAGGUGAAGGAAAGCAACAAGAGAAGGCCUGAAGAUUCAAAGACUUGCCCGUAUUUUCACCUGCUAGAUGCCAUUUACAAGGAAAAAGCAAUAUCAACUCCCGGCAGCGGCGGCUCAUCAUUCAAACCGGAAAACACCCAGAUGAUUCCCAUAAUGGCACAACCGGAGCAGCAAUGGCCACUUCCAAGGCCGGAGCAGCAGCAGCACAACGAGCACGAGAGCGAUAACAUGGAUGAAGACGGAGAAGAUGACGAAGAUUACGAUGAUGAAGACGGCGGAGGUUACGAGAUAGUGACGAACAAACAGCAGGCAACGGCUCCGGCGACCACCGCCGCAAGCUGAUUAACAUAUAUCCAGGUAAGAAAACUUUGCAGGACAUACAUUUUCUGAGCGCAGGCGAUGAAAGAAUGUGAAAUGGAAACUAAAAAGAAGAAGCAGAGAUGGGCAAUUAUCAAUCAGUAACGCAUUGGGAAUAGUGAGUGGGUCAACUAAUUUUCUCAGUGUCAGAAGAAGAUGUACAAUGUGGGUCAGGUUCCGAAUUCCGGUAGGUUGGGUUUCAGACGGCGGUGGCGCAGUGAAAGUAUAUAUACAUACAUAUCCAUAUAGGCGGCCUGAACAUGACCAGAGUCACUGUUCCGGGCGUUUUUAGGCGAGCUGUAAAACCAUAAAAACGCCAGGAAAGAGGUCAGCAAGUGUUUAAAGGUCAUCAUAGUUGGUUAGUUUCGUUAUAAGUUUUUUUAAAACAUUUAUUUAUUGUUUCCUAAUAAGUUUUUAUUGAGAGGACAUAUUUGAGUGGGAAAGAGCUGAGACUCCGAAAAAUAAAUAAUACUCCGUAAGAUAAUUUAAUUUGUAACUUCUUUUUCUUUCAUUGUAAAACCAAAACUUCUUGUAUGUUCUUCUUGUUGGGUGUAAAUGUGAGAUUUGGAAAUUGAAUACUUUAGUUGCACUCU